AUGAUGGCGGCGAUGUGGCGUCUUUGCGUACUGUCACUCUGCACCAGAUCCCUAGCUGCUCCGAAAGACGACGAGGUUCACAGCCUUCCCGGAUGGUCGGGUGAGCUCUUUUCCAAGACGUAUUCAGGCUACAUCCCUGCAGGCGAGGAGGACGGCCAUGAGAUGUUUGAGCAUUACUUAUUCUUCGAGAGUGAAGGCAAACCGACGGACGACCCGCUAAUCAUGUGGACUAACGGUGGACCUGGAGCAUCUUCCUUGCUGGGAUCAUUCACCGAGCUUGGGCCGUACUUUCUGGCAGAUGCUUCUUUGCAGACGGAGGCCUAUCGGACCUCCGGGGUUCCAACCCUCUUCGAGAACGAUUACCGAUGGACGAAGCUUGGCUCGCUGCUCAUUCGCAACUUGCCUCCUCCAAUCGGUUUCUCCUACUGCAAUCCGACCGGACCCAGCGGUGACGGGUACAGCUGCGGCUCCUGGAACGACACGAAGACAGCGAAGCACAGCCUGAUCUUCAUGCAGAACUGGAUGAAGGCCUUCCCCGAGUACUCUUCCAACCGGCUCUUCCUCGUCGGUGAAUCCUACGCGGGCCUCUACGUGCCGAUGCUAGCGCAGCAAAUCCUCGAGGCCGGAACCAUGCGCCUGGAGGGCAUUGCCGUCGGCGACGGCUGCCUCGGCGGACCGGGCAACGAGGGUGGAUGCUUCCCCAAUGCCGGGCCCUACUUCACUGUGGAGUUCUUCCAUGGCCAUGGUCAGUUCUCGGACAAGACGUACAAGCUGAUCCAGGAAGCCUGCACCAAAGAGGAGCUGGUGAACGGAGCGAAGACGGCGCAGUGCCAUGCAGCCCUCGACAAGAUGGACCAAGAAAGAGGUUACAGCUUCGACUAUAACCUAUAUGAUGAAUGCUACGAUUUCGACUUGGACAGUGGGACCGCAGCCCCGUCGAUGCAACGGCGAAGUUCCAGGCUUCGCUCGUGGCGGCAGCUCUCAUUGCACCAGAACAGCUACUGGCACAUGGAUGGUGCUCCCUGCGGCGGCGUCCAUGCUAUGUUCAAGUGGGUCAACACAAGUGCAGUCAAGAAAGCCCUCCACGUAGCAAGCGAUGCCCGCUUCUUCACCGGAGACAACGGGGUGGGCUUCACCUACAACUCAACGCAGCCAAGCCUGGUCCCGUGGUACUCCAGCGCGGAGGCCAAAAAGCUGCGGAUCCUCAUCUACGAUGGGGACGCAGACCCCGGCCUCAACAGCUUCUACGCGCAGAACUGGACGUCUUCCGCUGGCAUUCCAGAGUCGGAGUCCUGGCGCCCGUGGACACGAGAUGGCAAGAUAAAGAUGGGUGGCUAUGUCACGCGGUACCAGAACCAUUUCGACUUUCUCACAAUCCGCGGUGCUGGACACAUGGUGCCGGAAUACAAGCCAGAAGCGGCCUUCGUCAUGCUCCGAUCCUUCCUGAACGCAGAGGACUAUCCACGCUACCAUCCCGCUCCAAAGCCAACAACGCCUUCGGAUUCCGACUCUGUUUAUGUGUGGCGACCUCGCACUCUUUGCCUACGUGUGGGGGUCAUGACUGACCCGAUGGCCACGGAUCCGGCUUCGCCCGCGGGCCCGAAGAAGAGGGGGGCGCCAGAGGAAGAAAAGCUCAGCUUGGAAGCCAUCCGAGAGGUGGUGCGCAGUGAAGUCACGGGGAGCACAAGCACACUCCGAGCCGAGAUCAACCAGCGCAUGGACCGCGUCGAGACGGGGGUCACGGCGCAGUUGGAGCGCACCUUGGAACGCCUUGCUGCAAUCACCAACCAACAGGGGGAGCAACAACGAGCCGUGGAAAGCAUCCAGGGGGAACAGUACGCUAUGUCGGCCAGACUCCAGGCCCUCGAGAACAAGGUGCAGGUGAUCCAGAGUACCGGGGCCUCAAGCACGGCAGACACGGACCAUGGGGGGCGCAAACCCGCGCUCAUUAUGGGCGGAUGGGGGGAUGACACCCCAGCUGAGGAAACCUUGAAGAACGUGAAACAGAUGGUCAAAGAUCUCAGGCUGGACAUCUCGACUGACCAGGCCUUCGUCCCGGGGGUCCGCAGGGGGUACGCUAUAGUACCCUAUGAGGCCAAGGACGGGGAGGACCAACAACAACUCCGGGACCGUCUCUCCGCGGCACUCCGACGAGUGCGCCAAGCCAACAUACAAAUGGGGGCGAACCAAGACGGCCGCGCCAAGUACCUCUGGCUGCAGCUCUCCCAAUCUCCAGAACGACGCCGCCGAGUCCAGCUCGCGGGGAAGACAAAGCGACUGUGUCUGUCCCUGGGGGCGCCCCUCGAGAAGGUCGAGACGGAGUGGGCCACGGGGACCGUAUGGCUCAAUUCGGUCCGCGUGGCGUCGGCGACUACUACGAAACCGGGGGAAGGCGAAGAAGCAGGAACCGAGCCCACAGAGAGCAGCGGCGAGAACGGGGAUGACAGCCCCCGAGAAUUCGAGUUUCACGGCCCAGCCCCAAAGGGGCGCACGCAACGACCCUUGGUUGCGACUACCUGGAACGUCGGCGGCCUCACGGCGGCUCAUGCACUGGAGCUGCUGCAGACGUUCGGGGGGAACAAAGCGCUCUCCUCAGUUUCAGUGGUUUUCUUCCAAGAGCUUAUCAUGGAUGCAGGCAGGCAUUUUGCCAGCAAUAAGCACUGGACCUUAGUUUACGGCAAAGUGUUAGGGGAAUGGAGGGGGGAAGGGGUUGCUUUUCGUACCACCCUCGGCAAGCACAGCAAGUCACAAGUCAUGCCGGCUGGGGUUAGCACAGUGCUUGUGGGGGCGUCCGGGCAGAGAUGGGGCAUGCUCAGUGCACACAUCCCACACCACGCCACCAUCGCCAAAACCGAAGCACUCAUGGCACAAUGGGGGGCAUGCCACGCGCUAGCAGUCAAGAAGGCCGUGCUGGGGGUGGACGCCAACGAGACCUUCCCCCCAACACGACACAACCCCCACCAGCAACAAGAGCAAGCCCAGGCGCGAACGGGCCGAGGGGAAGCAAUCCUGGCGUGGCUUCAGCGGGCCGGCCUGCGCCUCCCACCGCAAGACCUCGCAACAGCCACACACUUCCCAUACGAUACCACCCAACAGCCCAGAAGACUCGACUACCUGGCCAUCAAGGGCUUCUUUUCGGAAAAGGGGGAGGUGGCGUCAUUGCGUGACAUGGCGAGAUCGGACCACGAACCGGUCAUACUGCAACUCCGCUUGGACACACCCAAACCAGCCAAACCAACAACGACCUGUGGACCACGCCACCUCCACCUGCCCACGGAGCAGCUCGACAGCCUCUUGGAGCAGCAUGCACGACAGAUGCCGGGGGACCGCCACGCCCAACUAGCGCACAUCAGCUCCACCAUCACCAAGGCGGGUCGGAAGGAACAUGCCAAAUUCACCGAGAGCAGAGCGCUCAAGCAAGCCCGCCGCACAGCCCACUCCACAGCACCAGGGGGAGCAAGACGACAGGCAUGGAAAGACGUACAGAAGCAGCUGCACAGGGAACACAAGCAGUGGAAGCAGGCCAUCGAACAAAAAGCCAGCCAACACGACUGGCCAGCAUACCGACAGCACAAGAGGGGGGACCGAGGGGAGGCAUGGAUGGCAACCCUGACGGACGAACACGACUGGCAGGGGGCCCUCCUGGCUCACUUCCAGGCCAUCUUCGACAACGACAGCAGCAGCACACGCGACACCGACUUCCACCUCCGCCGGGAGAGGCUGCGGCGGAUUUGCAAACGCACACAGUGGCAGCCCUUUACAGCAGAGGAGGUCGGGGGCAUCGCGACACGCUGGAAAAACAGCAAGAGCACGGGGCCGGACCAGAUCUCCCACGAAGCCUUGCGCGCCCUGCUCCAGCACCCAGUCUGGGAGUACCGCAUUCUUGCCAUGCUGAACGACGCCCUGUACACGGGUAGCCUGCCGGCGGCUGUGGAACGGGGAGUCACCAUACUCCUCCCCAAGGGGAAGGUAGCCAGAAUGGCUCGCGACUGGGGGGGCACUUUCUGGAUCAUCAAACUGGACCUACAAAAGGCCUUCGACUCAGUGGCACAGACAAGCCUCGCCGACCUGGUUGAGACCCAGAUGGGGGACGACCGCCCAUGGGAAUCGGUGCUAUGGCUGUCCCUUCUCCAGGCAAGGGGGGUUCUCGUGGAGGCAGGGGGAGAAAGCAUUCUCAUCCCACAAUCGAACGGGGUGCGACAGGGGUCACCAGACUCUCCGGUGCUCUUCUCGGCUAGAGUCGGGCAGUGUCUCCAGCAAACACUCAGCCAAACGCAACGGGGGGAGCGUUGCGGGGGCAACCCCAAGCUUCCCCCCCCACCCCAUCAUGGGGGAAGCUUCAUGGAUGACACAUAUCUGUGGGGAGAGAACCCGCACCACUUGCAAGCCACCCUUGACCUCCUGCAAAACAUCCUCAGGCAACACGGCCUCAGGAUCAACCCCAAGAAAACACACAUUAUCUGCAGCACCAACAACCCACACCGAUUCCGCAUCGACGGGCAGUGGGUCCAGCCCCAGACGGGGAACGCAGCACUAACAGUCCUGGGGUCGCCGGUGAGCUUUAAGGGGGGCCCACCCCAAUUGGCAGCCGAGAUGUGCACCAGAGCCCGCAAAGCUUGGGGGAAAAACAAGCAACUACUCACGGCCAAGACCGGGUUGAAGCGCCGCAUGCAGCUCCACAACGUGCUAGUUCGGCAAAGCGCGCUCUGGGCGGCGGAAACAUGGCCAGUGCAAACCACACUGCUCAAGCAAGCCAACACGCAGCAGCUCCAGCAUGUACGCACCAUGGUGGGGGGAGGGAGGGCACCGGGGGAGGCGUGGACAGACUGGAACAAGCGCUCCCUCCUUGUCUGGGGGCACGUGGCCAGAGCGGGAGACAUCACAUACCAGAUGCUCCUGUGGAGGGGGAUGCAGUGGUGGAGACAACAACAACAGCUACCAGACAGCGUGGGGGCCCGCCACUCGGCGCGUUUCAACAGCAGCCUCGACACGGAGCGACACAUCGUGUCAGUUGCGGGGGAGCACUGGGGGGAGGUGGCCAAAGACCGCCUCGCAUGGGAGGCCCUCGAGGAGCGAUUUAUCGAGGCCAACGACCCCCCCUGGUGCUCGGGGAAACAAGCACAACUCGAGAACCUCGCACAAGCCAGGGCAGAUGCGAAGAAAGCCAAAGCACUCAAAGACAGGCGAAAAGCCCGCAACGCGGGGAGACGACUGCUUAACUAG